AUGCCAGUGCAAACGAGUCCACCGUCCUUCCCGGACUCAUUUCCGUCUUUCAUGUCGGUGUUUGGUGGUCCUCUUCCGCGAUACAAAGAGGAAGACAUCCAUCCUCUUCAAUACCCAACGCAUGUCCCUGUCAAUACACACCUACUUCCUUCACCUCAUCGCCAAAGUGUGUCAUCAAUGACCUCGGGCUCCACCGAGUCUUCCCCGACCACAACGAUCUCGCCCUUUGAUUCGCCCGGCGGAGGUGACAUCUCUCCCAGCUCGUCUCCAGAAUCUCCAUCAGCAAUGCCGGUCUCAUAUCCAAAGUAUAUGCCUUCCACACGGCCCGUGGAACUGGCUCCCCGCCUUGCGCCUGUCGGUGAACCGCGUCUGCCGAACCCUCACAAUGGGCGCCCAGACUCUCCAAAUCGGCGGGCACGUAAUCUGAAGAACUUGUCAUUACGAAUGCCUUCCUCUCAGUCUCGUCCACCUAUUGCCACGGCAUCACUGGUGGAAACUUCAAAACACCACUUUGAUACUCCAUCAUCGCCCGUGUCGAUCCCGUCCAAAGGCACGAGGCGCCGCCCCGCCAAUCUCACUAUCCAGACCCCCACAUUCAAACAAUCGUUCGCUAGUAUCGCCACCGAUGUAGUGCCCCCAACUCCAUCUCUGCGCCAUGCAGAGUCAUCACCAUCACUUGCAGCGCCAUCACUUGCAUCAGUUUCGUCGCCCUCGUUUGCGCCACAGGGAGGUAUGCAAUUACCUCGACCAAUGUCACACCAUGGUGCGCGCCAUCUGUCUGGCGUAUCUUCUGAGGAUGCUGCUUCUCCUAUCACUUUGGUACCGGAUGUCGGAUCCGGUUUCUCUCGGCGCGUUCUCCCUGGGCUAGAAGAAGAGGAUGAUCAUCUGGACUCGCGCGAGUCGACCCGCAAGAAGGAUCGAGGCUAUCCAGAUGGACCUAUCCGGAUUCACGACUCAGGUGUUUACUUGUAUCUGGAACCAACAGCAGAGGAGGCGUCCAAGUUCGAUGUGGUCAUCAACGUCGCCAAAGAAGUAGCCAACCCGUUUACUGUCAACAAAGGGGAAAGGAACGAUACAGUGAUGAGCACGUGGCGGAAUGCUUCGGUGGCCUCCAAACGCUUUUCUCGUGGCGAUCCCCAGACUGCAACUUCAGAAUUGUCCUUCAAGUCCGCCUGGGAAUUCCAGCCCUCAGAUUCCGAAUCAGGAACACCUACAGUCUCGAGUCCUACUAUCUCAACACCGGAGUAUAUUCAUGUCGGUUGGGACCACAACUCGGAAAUCCUCGAGGACCUUCUUCCACUUUGUGAACUCAUCGAUGACCGAAUCACCGAAGGAAAGAAAGUCCUGGUACAUUGUCAACUGGGUGCCAGCCGCUCAGCCUCGCUGGUCAUUGCCUAUGGGCUGUAUAAACACAGACAUUUGGAUUUCAAUUCAAUGUAUGAAGCGGUCAAGGGCCGCAGCCAGUGGGUAGGCCCAAACAUGAGUCUUAUCUACCAGCUUACGGACUUCCGCUCUAAAUUGUUGCGAGGAUCCACAUCCAAACCUCCACCCCAGGAGUGGUUUGUCCAAACUGGCCGACGAAGCUCCGAACCCCAAGUGGCGCGAUCAGAGCGCCCAGCACCACACGAAUCAGGCAGAUCACCCUUCCGCGGACUGUCCCAGGCACCAUCAACGAGCUGCCUGUCCAUCCCAGAGACAACCUCGAUGCGUCCCACGACGAGCGGCAAUGGCAACACCUAUUCCAAAUUCAAGUCUUAUUCGCCUAAGCGGAGUCUGUCCCCCCGGCCUCUUCCCUUCCGACAGAAGUUCCAGUCUGUAGAACCUGCCUCGGGUCGGCCACGAGGGCUGACACGCAGUGUCAGUAGCUGCGAUCCGCUCGUUCAGACCCAUGUGUUCGUACGCGAUAUGCCAGAUGCCAACAGUAGUUUGUUCUCUCCGAGGACAAACGAAUUCCUUUCACCACCUUUAGGGCCAUCGUCAUUCCACCGAAUUGAUCGCUCCGCAGCUCUUUCUCCCCCUCCCAUACCUCAUGCCAUGCAGUUUGCCACCGAACCGGCAGAUCCUCGCUCGCCUCCAUCUGGCGGCGAGUCCCUGAUUCUGAGAUCCAUUGAUGAAUUUCUGUGA